AGAGAGCACACAUACGCGCCUGGCACGGAUACUCCUCUGUAUUACUGGAGCGACAGCCCAGCCUGUUUCAUUUUCUUCCGUUUUUGAGUCAACGCUUUCUCUUCACAUCACAAUCAUUGGAGUCAUUCUUUUUGCCAAAUGACGCUAUUAAGCGGAACGAGAGAUGCGAGUUUUUUGCUCCUCCACUUCCUCCGCAGCGGACAGAAUAACUCCUGCUCGUGUCUCUACGCACUGCCUUCACAGUUGUUUCGUCACGUUUGAACUAAGGAGCGCUGUUUUUUGUUUUUUUUAAGCUGGAUGACGGCUGUAAUGCAUAUUUCUUUUCGCCAGGAGCUAUAAAUAAAGACAGGAUUAACGGACCGAAAGGAGACAAGUGACAAUCUACACCGAAGCCCGAUGGCUGAAUUUACUGUUGGUGCGCAACUUCAGCACUCCAGCUCGCACCAAACUACUCUGCCUGCAUUCAUGACGGAAUGAGGAGCAGCCUGACAAGCACGUUCGUUGGUAAAAUAUGAUUCAUCUGGCGCUUAUUGAUCUUUGUGCGUCCUUUUUCACGAGUCGGACGCGCCUUGAAGACGUCUAACAGCCCCCCCCCCGCGCCCAAUCCUCCAUAUCAUCCCCCUUUUUUUUCUCCCGACUAAUCGUAUGCGCUCCCAUGGAGGGAGCACGGUGUGGGGAUCGGGCGGUGGAGAAAAAACACAUCGGGUGAAAUCCACUGGCUGCCCCCGACGACACGAAGUCGCCCGCCUCAGUGUGAUUUGCUGAUGUGCCAGAGUCACCAUUUGGGAUGUAGAACCUUGUUGCGCCGCUCAAACUGUCAGCGUUGUUCUUGAGCUGGGAUGUCUGCGCGCCCGUCUCUCUCCAUGUCUCACUACUGGUGCCCUGCGUCUCCGGCAGGAGUCUGCUGCCUGAGCUUCUGGCUACUAAAUGGUUUUCUGGAGGAGGAUUUCUAACCAUCGAAAUGCUGCUUGUAAUCCUGCUGGCAGCUUUUUCUUCUUCCAUCUUCGGCUCCCUCUCCUCCUCCCUCUCCUCCCCCUCCAUGUCAGACGGACUCCCGAUGGCGUUCCCUUCCGCCUCAGGCUUGAUGGCCGAGACCUGCAGCGCCUGUUCCUGCAUGUCUGUGGAAAAUGUGCUAUACGUCAACUGCGAAAAGAUCACAGUCUAUCGACCCACGCAGCUCAUCCCUCCAGCCUCGUCGUUAUACCACCUGAACUUCCAGAACAACUUCUUAAUCAUCCUCUACCCCAACUCUUUCCUCAACUUCACCCACGCUGUGUCGUUGCAGCUGGGGAACAAUAAACUGCAGAACAUCGAAGGUGGAGCGUUCAUGGGAAUGAGCGCAUUGAAGCAACUGCACCUGAACAACAAUGAGUUAAAGGUGCUGCGGGCAGACACUUUCUUUGGAAUAGAAAAUUUGGAGUACCUUCAGGCUGACUACAAUUUGAUCAAGUACAUUGAAAAGGGAGCGUUCAAUAAACUGCACAAGUUAAAAGUACUGAUUCUCAACGACAAUCUGAUUCAGGCACUUCCUGACAACAUAUUUCGUUUUGCUUCACUCACCCACUUGGAUAUAAGGGGAAAUCGCAUCCAGAAACUUCCUUAUUUAGGAGUUCUGGAGCACAUUGGACGUAUUGUUGAGUUACAGCUGGACGACAACCCUUGGAAUUGUACCUGCGACCUGGCGCCUCUCAAGGCUUGGCUCGAAAACAUGCCGUAUAAUAUUUUUAUUGGUGAGGCAAUCUGUGAAACGCCGAGUGACCUGUAUGGCAGACUCUUGAAAGAGACAAAUAAACAGGAGCUUUGUCCCAUGGGCACAGGAAGUGACUUUGAUGUGAGGAUGCCACCUGCCCAUCCUGAAAACGGGCAGUCAUCCUCCAAUAAUCCUCCCAGUACUGUGGCCCCCAUGGCCACCAAGGCACCAAAAACAACUGAUUCGUCUCGAAUUUAUGGCAAUGGUAUUGUCGCUGGUUUACCUCCUUUUGGAAGAAAUAGUCAGAUUGUUUCCUCUCAGACGAGAACACCUCCAUUAUUGUGCCCACAGCCGUGCAGCUGCAAAGCCCACCCGUCUGACUUUGGCAUUAGUGUCAGCUGUCAGGAGAGAAACAUUAGGAAUCUAGCUGCUCUUGUUCCCAAACCCUCAAAUGUUAAAAAGCUCCACCUGAGCGGAAACUAUAUAAGAGACAUAAGCCCCACUGACUUUCAGGGUUUCGAGGGUUUAGAUUUGCUCCAUCUGGGCAGCAACCAGAUUGUAACCGUUCAGAGAGGUGUAUUCUCCAACCUCACUAAUUUGAGGAGGCUGUACCUGAAUGGGAACCAGCUUGAACAGUUACACCCAGAGAUGUUCCUGGGCCUAACAAAUCUCCAGUAUCUAUAUUUGGAAUACAAUGCCAUUAAAGAAAUCCUGGCUGGCACAUUUGACUCCAUGCCGAACCUACAGCUUCUCUACCUAAACAACAAUGUUCUGCGAAGUCUGCCGGCCUAUGUCUUUUCUGGUGUCUCUUUAGCCAGACUAAACCUGAAAAACAACCAUUUCAUGACCUUGCCAGUGAGUGGUGUUCUGGAUCAACUAAGGUCACUGACCCAGAUAGAUCUAGAGGGGAACCCGUGGGAGUGUUCCUGUGAUUUAGUCGCCCUUAAACUGUGGUUAGAGAAGCUAGGAGAUGGCGUUGCUGGCAAAGAGGUGAAAUGUGCAUCACCAGUGCAGUUCUUGAACAUUGAGCUUCGUGAUUUGAAAAAUGAGAUUUUAUGCCCAAAGCUGAUCGCAAGGCCUCCAUUCAUUUUUACAAACCCCACGCCUGGUCUGACGUCACCGUCACCUGCUGGAGUUGGUAAAGCUCCACCAGGUGGACCUGUGCCACUCUCAAUCAUGAUCCUUAGUAUUCUUGUUGUGCUUAUCCUUACCGUGUUCGUGGCCUUUUGCCUUCUCGUCUUUGUCCUGAGAAGGAAUAAAAAGCCUGUUGGCCGGCAGGAAGGACUGGGGAAUCAAGAUUGUAGCUCCAUGUCACUGCAUCUUCGCAGGCACAGCCAUAAAUCUGGAAAGAAAGGCUCCAUCCCAGGGGACGACUUGGGAGGGGAGGCUUUCAUUCCUCAGACAAUUGAACACAUUGGCAAGAGUCACACCUGUGGGAUCGGACGUUCAUCAGACAUGGAUGCUGGUUUCAAGUUUGCGGACUCACAGAGGCAAAAGAUCAUUCUUCGGAACUCUACCGACAAGGACAAAGACGCCCUGUCCACUUUGGAACGCAACAAGCGCCUCAGCACCAUCGAUGAGUUGGAGGAGUUCCUUCCAAACCGAGAACCGAACAUGUUCAUCCAGAACUUUCUGGACAGCAAGAGGGACUUUAACAGUAUCGGGAUGGGCGGGUAUGAAAUUCGUUACCCGGAGAAGACACUGGACAGAAAGAUGAAAAAGUCCUCCCUGAUAGGUGGGAAUCACAGUAAAAUUGUGGUGGAGCAGAGGAAAAGUGAGUAUUAUGAGCUGAAAGCCAAGCUCCAGGGAACGCCUGAUUACCUGCAGGUGCUGGAGGAGCAGACAGCGCUGAGUAAAUUGUAGUCUUUAAUUGGGUUCAUUGAUGAUACAUUUUUUGAGUCAAACACACACACACACACACACACUGAUAGACUGAUAGAUAGACAACCAGGCGCAUUGCUCUGCUUUCUUAUCCUCCUCGCGUCUCUCUCACACACACACACAGACACACACACACACACACACUGAUAUAUAUUCCUUUUCUUCUGAUUUACACAGACCCCUCCACACACUAAAAGUGCCUUCUGGAAUCCUAGACGACCCAAUGCUCAGUGAGAAAACAGCUCCACACUCCAACAUUUUGGCGGAAUUACUUAGACACCUUUGGAUUAUCAACAAAAGGGGACACCUCCCAGUAACCAGACAAUUGCAGUGUUUCUGCUGCUAUUUGGUGAUCCCCCCUCCUUUUAUCCCGCUUUUUAAAUUUUGCAACAAAAUAUAAAUGGUCUUGAAACAGUGCUUAAGCAUAUACCUCAUAUUCAGCCUAAAAAAAGCUAUUUAAUUUUAUUAUUAUUAUUGUUUUUUUUUUUUUUUUAAACUAAGGAAGAAUUCAGAAAUUAAGAUGACAGAAGUUAUGUUCAUUUGUUUGGUAUGAUUAUUAUUUUAUCGUCCCUCUGAAUUUGAAAGGAUAUCGAGAGUUUGUGUUCAUGGGAGAUCCCCUGUGGAGUCAGACUGUAAACAACAUCUAGGAUUGAACACCAGUCACAGAACUCCUGCUCCUCACUGGUAGGCUUCAUGACUUAUUUUCAUUCAAUUUCCAGGCACAUUGGAACAUUACAUAUUUUUGAGAUACAUUUCAAUAUAUAUUUUAUUUCCUUGUGUAAAGAGCCAUGUUUAAGUAUAGUGUCUUCUUGAUGGAGUUGUGUUUUCUCUUCAAGGUACAACCUAAGUUUCGGGUGAGACUCUAGCAGCACAUACACUAUCAGAAGAUGUUUUUCUUAUCAACAGAAAAAAAAGAAAAAAAGAAAAAAACAGCAACAACCGAUAAAAGAUUACAAAACUGCUUGCCAUGUAAGCGUAAACUGGAAUUUAUUUUGUAAGUCUUACAUUAUUUGUAUCUGUGGGACUGGUUUGUAAAUUACAAGGAGAGACAAAACAUUGACACACACACACACACACACGCACACACACACUACAAUGCCGCUUAAUCAUCAAAGGACUGAAACCCAGAAAUGUCAAAGACACUUCCCAAUAUAUUCAGUCCUUUCACCCGUCACGCACACUGUUGUCAGCACUCUCUUCGUAGUGAAAGACUACAUAGUUAAUUUAUUUUUCUAUGCAGGAUUAUUUAAAGAGUAUUAUUUAUAAUGAAUAAUACACAGAGAGUGCGAUGCAUCAGAGCUAAAUCAGGUCACCACAAGUGACUGUUGAGUUGUCCUUUUAUUUGCUUUCUCCCGAUUUGACCACGAAGGACUAGGAGGGUUGUGACACGUGGUCUGUGACGUUUAUUUUUUCGUUGUGUCGCACGACAACCUGAGGCCCGAUGUGACUUUUCAAGUAUUUUCCUUAUUCUUAUAUCGCUCACAGUAUCUUGUACAAGGUUUCUUAUUAACAAUAUGCAACCAAAAUAAAUGUGCAUUAGACAUAAAAUGAUGACAUAUUUUGUAUCACUGGAACUGAUUGAUGGUCAACAGAAAUGUGUUUAUUUUUCUUUUCUUUCUGGACGGAAUCAUAUCAUCGAACCACGUGCAAUAUUACUUUAAAAAUGCUCAGUUAUGAUGCUUCUUUUGUUUAUUUAUUAGUAGUUUCAGAUACUAUUGUUCCCACAGUUUACACUUUAUAAUUUCAACUAUUGUUUUUGUUUUUCUCUUCUUUUUAUUUUUAUUUUUUUUAGUAUUGUUAAGUUAAACUGAUCAGUGUUUCUCAGAUGAAUAGAAUGUAUCUUGGAAAGUAUAAUAAAUUCAGUUUUCUAUCAGUCCUUCAUCUCCUGAAUAUUGGCUGAGUUCCUCUUGUAUAAGCACAUCGACAAGGUCAGUCACAUCAGAACACAUUUCACCCAAAUGUCUUGCCACCAAAGAUUCUCGUAUUUAGUGAUUAUACUCAGGUCAUAUGACUAGAAACGGAAAAUAUUCAUUUCGAGAGCAAAUAUUUGAUGCUUGAUUUGCUUUAGUAAUAUUUAUUUAAUAAAGGAGGGAAAUUGUAAUAUGUUGGGAGUGCUGUAUUAGGACUUUAUUUCUCCUAAAAUCAAUACUCUUCAUAUUAUUUUCAGUAUUAUUCAUUUAGACAUUUUGAAUUGUUUCAAUGCCGUACUGGUAACAGUGCAUAAGGCUGCACUGGUAAUGAUCAGCUUUGUUUUUAAUACUCAGCCAUUGCAAUUGAACAAAAAUCCAUUGGGGAAAGGUGGUGCUUGAAUGUUUAUUAAAAAAAAAAAAAAAUCAAAAGAAAGUGAAUAAAUAAACUGUGCUUUUUUUUGGUCAACUGUUGGUUCAUCUUCUGUGUGUGUUCAAUAUUUUGGUAAAUAUUAUUAAACUGAAAAGAAAUGACUGUUGGACAGUAAUGAGACAGUAAUUUUUUUUUUUUUUUUGAAGCUCAUUUACCGUUCUUUAGCAAGAGUUAAUGAAAACGGAAUAAAAGAUUCAAAAGAACAAAUUAUGGUUACAAAGUGGCAUGCGUAGAUUAAUUAGUAAUUAACUGGGUUGUUUCAGUUUAUGAAUGUAAUUUUUUGUAUCUGACAUAACUAAACGUCCAAGAUUAUUUAUUUACAGUGUAAAUAUGUUGUUUGUGAGUUCACUUCCAUUUUCCAUUGAAUAGAUUCUGCUAACAGAGUUCACAUUCAAAAAGGAAGAGGAGAAAUUCAAAUAAAAUCAUAUUUUAUUUGUUAUUUCCCAAAAUUGAUUGCUUUAAUUUUCUUCCUAAAAUUAUUUAAAAUUGACAAAUUACUAUUUGUCUCGUUUUGUCUGUGCGUAUAUUUGUUUUGGAAAAUUAUUAAAA